AUGAAGUCUAAGAGCAUCUACAACAUCGCACUCGCUGUCACAAUUCUUCUUCUGCUGCUGCUUGGAGGAAUGGUCAACAACACCGCCAACGCAGAUGGAGGAAGACUCGUCGGCCUGGCAAAUCACAUCUUGAAAAAGGACAUAGUGACACUUGCUGAGGGCUCAAAGGAAGCAACCACCCAAGAUGACUACGAGAAGUACAGGGAGCAGUUUCCUGAUGCAUGCGAUGUUAAGCUUGGCGAAAAGAAAGGAGAGAAGGGAUAUAUCAUUGUUAGCUACUCCAAAAACUCCAAAGCGGCGCUACAUGGGUGCACUUUGGAUCUCUACACAACUCUUGAGAAUGAGAUCGAGUUCAAGGCUUAUGUGAAAAAUGAUAUUGGUGACGGUAUUAAAGAUUGUAUGAAGUCAGGAAAUAACUACAAUGAGAACGUAUUGCCUUUCGCCUACAGCCAUCCAACCAUUCUCGAGAAUCUCACAAAUACAGGGCCAAUUCAAUCAAAGUCUAGUAAAGGCUGUAACAGUGAAAUCUGUUUAGGAAAAACGUGUAUCGAAAAGACGGCACUUGAGCUUAGAUGGAGCAAUAAGAUAAUCCAUGGCAUGGGACUCUUCGAAAACAAUAUUCUCAUUUCCAUUAUCAAUCCAAUUGGCAGUCCUUCAUUUAAAAUAGCUCAAGAAGUACCGCAAAUAUUGGGAAAAGAAUCGACGAAGUAUCCAACAGUGAAGGUCGAACAAACGGAUUUUUCUGUCAGUUUUGAAGAGGAUAAUCAUGAAGAAACAGAAGAAAAACGUCCAGAUUUAACUUGUACACCCGACCCUGUGGAGAAUGUCCUUCCACCUAUAACGUGGGAAAUGAUACCGCCAAAGCAAGGGAAACGUCUACUUGUCUUCCAUCUUCUUCCACAAAAGGCAUCACGCAUAAUCCAACGGGAUUCAUUUGCUGGUAUAGCAGCAUUCGUAGCACUACAAAAAACAGAAGUACAAAAUUCUUCACCAAACGGGCCUGAAUGCGAGGAGCUUCAAAUUCUUUUCCCAACGAAGAUAUACACCUUGCUGAUUGCCAUUCCUCCUACUACGACCACCACCACCACUACUACUACAACAACUCCCUCUCGAGCGACAAAUAAACAGGGUGAAACAGCUUCCUCUCGAGCGAUAAAUGCACAGGUUGCAACAACAACAGCAACUGAACAACCCAAAAGCCCUGCGACGACUAUCAUCAUUGUGAUUGUUGUGGUUCUUCUGAUAAGCUCUUGUAGUGGGGCAAUUGUCUUCUUUGUCUUCAAGAAGAAGAAAGGUGGUGGCUCUGAUGGUGGGGACAAGACAAAAGUGGACGACAAAAGCGCAAAAUCUAAAAAGGACGACAAAGGCGACGACAAGUCAAAAACGGACAACAAAGGCGACGACAAAUCUAAGACGGACAAGGACUCCAAAUCUGCCAAUUCGGAAGCAGCGACGAAUCCAAAAGUGAAGGAUGCUGGAGGCAAGGAUAUCUACGGCGCUUGA